GCUGACUGUCAGUUGCCGGGUAAAGGACUACAGUUCCCGGCGGCAACCGGCGCGCGGCGCAUGCGUAUUCAGCGGAUGGCUGUUAAAUAGCGGCUGAGAUUGGAGCGGGAGAGUGAGUGGAGGCACUUACAAUCCUUAAGGGAAGACGGGAGCACGCAGAACUGGAGAGUGGCCAUUUUUCGGGGAAUCCAUGUCACAACAAAGAAUUCAAUCUUUCCCAAUAGGUACUCUAGAAAAAUGAGGGGCUUGCUAAGCUGGUUCCAUUGGCGAUGGGAUGAACCAGCCCAUCACCCGCUGCUGGACCGUAGCUCACCAGAGUCCUUUGCCCUGGGCUAGUUUUUCAAAUUGUUCCCAGGUGUAGCCCAUCUUCGAAGACCCCUUCUCUCUCAGAGUGAUUCUACAUCAAUCAAGUUUAAACUAGAUCUUUGAAAGGAUGAAAAGUUGCUAGAAAGUCGAAGGAGUUCUUCAAUCGUUCAGCACAAAAGCCCAAGGGACCACUAUAACAACAACUAAGACCCCAACUGCAAGGCUCUGCACAUCAUUGAACAAAUGUUUAUACCAGAUUCUGUGGUUUGAGAGUGGCAUACAAAGGAUAGUGUUUCCUCACUAAAAAAGCAACACAUAUUUCCCUUUGUGCAGCACACAUCAAAUUAAAUGGCUGCAUUUUGUAAUAAAUUCAUUGUCAGCUUCCUGUGCUGUAUAUGAGUUGGCUAGUGCUUAUCGUCACUGCACAUACAACAGGAACUCCAGCUGCACCUUCCUUAACUGUACAACCACUGAACAAGGCGACAGGAAUUAAUGCAGAAGACAUUAUAUAAAAGGAUCAGACUCCUUUCUUAUGAGAGACUUGAGAUCAUUUGGCUAUAAAGAUGUGUAGGUUAAUUUCUACACAAAUCCAGAUAUCAGCUGUUGAAGAGUUUUGGUUUUGUUCUGUGCUGGUAAACUGCUACCCUGAAUCCAAGGCACUUUGUUGAGAAGAUUUAAGAGAUUCCUAUUUUCAGCCUAUGCAUAGGGAGCAUAUGGUUUGAAAACCUCUUCGGCAUCCCUGAGCAGAAGCAACACCCAUUGCCAUAGGAACCUACAAAAAACAAUGGACGGGGACCAGCUUUGUAGAACUGAGACGAGAGAGAAGGUGUUGAAUUUUCCUGGCAUUGGGAAUUGUGCCCCAGGCGCACUUCAAGAACAGCAUGGUUACAAAAAUGGUCUGCUGGGUUUGUGUCUACGCCCACAGGUGACUGACGAUGCGUGCAACGGAAAAGCAGUGCUGAAAUCUAUACCUAUUUCUACAUUGAAACACAAUGGCCUUCUACAGUCUCUUACUGCAGGUGGUGAUGAGCAGAAGCAUGAUGUGGAAGUGACGUUGGAGGUGCUGCAGGCAGAGGCAGAGUGGGAAGCUUUGGAAACAGCACAAAAAGAAUUACCAUUGGAGGAACGGGAAGGUCCAACUGACAUCACAGGAUCCACCCUGCUCAUCUCCUUUAAUGAAGCACUUCAGCAUUUCCAAACAGCAGAUCUCUAUGAGUACAGGAAGAACAUCCAGCCAACUGUACGCAGGACAGGAUUUUCUGCCAUCACCCAUUUUCUCUUUGGCCCACCACGUUUGCACAAGGAGUUGCAGGAAGAGCGGGAUCUGGUAUUUGCAAUUGGCCAGUGCUCCCUGGACAACAAUCAGAAAGUUCACAUUCGGGUUUUGCAGACAAUUUACAAAAAACUGACAGGGGCAAAAUUUGACUGUGCACGAUAUGGCACACACUGGGAGCAAUUGGGAUUUCAAGGUCGAGAUCCAGGGACAGACCUACGUGGGACAGGGUUCCUUGGUCUGAUGCACACAUUAUAUAUGGUGAUGGACCUGAAGACUCUACCUUUGGCUCGGGACAUUUACAAACUGUCACACCAUCCGACACAAAAUUUCCCUUUCUGUCUAAUGUCCAUUAAUAUCACCAGAAUCGCUAUCCAGGCUCUGAGGGAAGAAUGUCUAUCCAAAGAAUGUAAUCGAAGACAGCAAGUGAUUGGAGUCCUUAAUGAUUUCUACGUGGCAGCCUUCCUGCAUCUUUAUCAGAUUUGGAAAACACAGCACAAAACCAUCUCUGAUUCAGGAUUCGUUCUUAAAGAGGUUGAAACAUUUGCUAAAAAGAAUCCAAAGCAACUGCUGAAAAAGUUGGAAAUCUACUUGAUGGAGCGACAGAAUGGGAUGGUCCUGUCCACGGACAAGAUGUCCCUAGCUACCAAUCACGCUGGGGUGAGGCCAAAAUCCACAUCAGCUGCAAACACCAAAGAGAUGAACUUUAUGGGCGUGUGUGAGCUGGAGCCAGAGCCUGAGGCUGAGGUGCGGCUAAUCUGAAACUAAGCGUGAGUGAUGAAAAUUGAGAAAAAUCAUCGACAUCACCAUGUGGCAGGGAUGUGACAUCUGAAAGUUUCACUAUUACAGCAUGCACUAAAGUACUGGACAUUAUGUAGGCUGGCAUUAACCAUACACAACAACAUCAGUGCAGUAGAAUCUUGGCUUCCCCUAAUAACAGUGGCUUGCAAGUGUGUAAUUGUUGUAGGCUUGCUGUAUUAGCUCAUAUAUUCAGUGCUACUCUAGCUUGAACACUCAAGUGCUGUUUCCAGAUAAUGCUAGCACAAAGAAGCUUUCUGCUACCUUUCAAAACUGUUCCUCCAUUGGAACUUUACCCUACUCAGGAGAGGAGAACAUAUAUGUUCCUUUUAACAGUGAUGCGGUCUGUGCUGGGCAUAGUUUGAACUCUACUUUUUAAAGUGACACUAAUUAGCUUUAAUUCUGAAUUAGUGCUGUCAGUAAUGAAACAGAAAGCUGAAGGAUGCAAUAAUAUUGUAUCUGUAUUCUGGCUGGGCAAAAUGAUUGUGGUUCAUAUUCAGUUGAAUGAGAGGAUUCUUAUUUCAAGGUGGCACUCUCUCUCUCAUCUUGAUUUUUUAUCUUAACCACACAAACUAGUUGACUGAAAUAUUUGAUGUAAUGUAAGGACAUGUGAUACCUGACAGCCCUACAUGGUUCUCCAGUUUCCUCAUUCUGUAGCACUUGUUCAGACAGCAAGUCUUGGGCCAGGCACCAAACAGAAGACUGAUUCUGAAUGAGCUGAAAACUUGUUCAAACCCAUGAAUGUUUCAGAAUUUCAUAUGAAGUCCAUUUCAUAGUUGCAAGUGACAGGCUAGUUGCAUUUAGAAAAUUCAGCAAUGAUCCAAUCUUUGAGUAAUUUUGCAUCUUUAUAUUUCAUAACUUCACAUUUAUUUAAAAGUAAGCUAUUCAGCUGUGCAGUGUUGAUCCUUGUUGUAGCAUUUAUCAAUUUGUUUUUCGGUAUAGUGUUCCCCUCCUCCAACACUUGUGAGUGCUAGAUCAGACUUAUGGUAACUCCACUAUUCUGUGUCAUUAUUGAUCAGUUUAUGGUACCGGUAAUGUUGGAACUUCCAAGAAAUUUCAUGUUAGCCUCAUUUUUAUUGUGUAUGUAUUUUAAUAUGUUUUAAAUGUAUUCUUAAACUGGACUGUUAGGCUAUCAGAAACAUAAUUGUUGCUUAUUAAAAAUUGUUAACUGAGGAACCUUCAAUGACUUUGUACCUCUGGAGUGGUUGAUGUUGAAUUUCAGCUGUAGCUCAUUUCAUUUCUUCAGCAUUUGGCAAGUUGCAGUACUUUCCUUGAUUAGCAGUAAGCAUGGCCCCUCAAUACAGAUUAGAGGUAUGCAAUAUUUUGUUGAAAUUUUUGUGAAAUAUUUGAUGUUUUGAGGAGAAAAGAAUUCUUGUCUAAUUUUUUAGAAUUUAGAUUCAAAGUUUGUGGAGUAUUUGUCCUUAAACACUGCAAGGUUUUCAAACAUAUCAGAGUCUGGUGUUUCCAACAUGAAGUCAUUCACAGGAAAUUACAAGGUAGCAGACUGUUGUGUAAAAUUUACCACUGCAGAGAUCUGUGUUGCUAAAACUUGGUAAAGCCAGGCAAAUUCUGCACAUUACCGAUUUUCAGUCUUAGGCUGCAAAUUGAGGAUCAUCAGCAAGGAUCAUCAGGAGUAAGCUGAAGGAAAAGUAGGCAUCACAAACUGGGGAAAUGGAGUGAGACUAUGGGAUGCCUCUGUGCUGGAUAUUAGUCAAGAGAACAGGUCAAAUUGCUGUUCCCCUGGCUGGAUAUACAAAGUGAAUAACCAUUUGUAGUUGCUGAUUCUCAACAGGCCUACAGUGCAUUCAUUCCCAUUAUAAUGGUUUGAGCAUUGGAAAAUUGCUGUGUUUGUGAUCAUAAGUGCUCUUGUCUGACAUUAUAGUUGCAGUUUAAUAUUGUACCACAAGGUGCAUGAGUUGCAGUUGACUAAUGUGAACAUGUAUAGCUAGUGGUCAGCUUGGAUAUCUUUUAACUGUGCUUAAGACCUGGAUAUGCUGUUUUCCUCAUUUUCAUUCAGGAGAAUGACAUCAUAGUAAGAUACUUAAAAUUAGUUGUCAUUGAACAUGACUGAUCAAUGUAGAAGGACAAACAAUACAACCAGAGGGACUACUGUGCCCCUAUAGCUUAGGAGUUGUUUUUCCAGUCAUCUCCAAGAUAUUUUGGUGUUGGAGGUAGUGAGGGAAAGAGCAAUGAAUCUGAACUUAUUGUUGCAGUCAAACAGAAAAUGCUAGAAAUCAUAUACACAAGAUUCUGCAGAGACCAGGUGUGUUGAAAUGCUGUAAGUGUUGUCAGGCAGUGGAGAGUGUUAAAACAGAUUAAUAACUUUUAAUCAAAACUGAUAUUGGAGAUCUAAACAUUGAAGAAAGGUUGAAGAAACAGUCAUGUAGAGGGAAAAAAAAUCAUUGUAUGUAAAUGAUCAGUCCUAAGCUUGUAAAAAUUGAAUAAGCUGGUAAAGGGCAGAUUUGGAACUAGCCUGAAAGAGAGUGACAUAUAGAAGAACAGAAUGAAAAUAGCAGUGAGAGGUGACAAUUGUCCAGGUGUUUAAGAAACUGGUAUAUGCUGCAUUAAACAUUUGAGGGUGAUUCUGGAUGAAUGGCCCAAGAUGGAUCCAAUGGCCUUCCUCACCAGCAGUGAUCUUGGAAUCAAAUGGUACCUUUAGGUUAACAAGUUUCAUUCAAAUUGGACAGUCAUAUGAAAUUUUGUGGAAGCUUCAAUAUUGUGACAAAAAGAUAUUUGGUGUCUUAGAUGUAUUGGACUAAUACGCAAAUCUUGAUUAACGCAAGUAUUUUUUAAACAAGGUAAUGAAAAUUUUAAGACCCCCUAGCAUGUGAAAAAGGAUGGGUAGACCGUGGUGCUGAUAACAUCUUUACAGGUCAGCGCAAGUAAAACUUGUCCUCUAAUACCAGCAGUACUGUACACAUGCAAGUACCUUUGUGACUUAUUGCAUUGUAAGACACAAGUUUCAUGUUUGCUUGCAGACCUCUGAGUUGUUGACUUAAUGCAUUCUGAACCACCUAAUGUAUUGUUAUGUCACAAUAUUGUGGCUUGGUAAUGAAUCUAAUGUUUUCCCAGUCGAUCAAGAGAUUUUUUUAUUUCACCAGAAAUAUGCUAUUUCAUAAAUUUUUCUAGAAGGCCCAAGAUCAAAGGAAAACUGAGGGAUGUGAAAAUCUUAAAUAAAACCAACGUGCGAUAGAAAUUCACUAUUGCAGUCAGUGUAUAUCGUUCACUUUAGGGAUGUUUUAGAUGUAUAGUGAUACAGCAGGGAAAUGUCUCUUCAGCUCACUAACACCAUCAGUCACCCACUUGUCCCCACAUUCUCAUUAACCCCCACCCCCCACCCCAGAUUCUAUCAUUCACCCAAAUACUAGGAGCAAUGUCCAGCUGCCAAUUUACCUACACCAAGCAGAAUCCAGAACAUGGGGGAAACUGAUGUGAUCACAGGGAAAACCUGCAAAUUCCACUUGUGUAAUGCCCAGGGUCAGGGACUCUGGUGCAGUGGGGCUCUGUCUGUCUGCUGCCCUAGUAAUGCUCUAUACAAAGUUUCUUUUGUCUUAUCCUAACUUUUCGUUUCGCAUUCUAUUUCAUCUGGACUUUUUACUGCAUUAUUUUAGUUAGUGGCAGUUGAAUUAAACGUAUCCAAUUUGGAUUACAAACAUCCAAUUACAAUCCUGAAACAUUUUGGAUUCUUUGAUAUCGUUGGCUUUAACUAAUUGGGGUUAAGUUGUACUUUCAAAUGUUAUGAAGUGAUUCAGAACCAUCCUAUACAUAAAGUAUAAUAAAUUACUUGUUUUAUUUCAGUAAAUGACAAUUGAAUAACACAUACUCGCAUAUCCAUCCUUAGAGCUUCAUUGCAUUCUCCACACAGUAUACUUUCCCACGCAAUUUUGUGGAUAUACAAAUGUCUCCGUUUAGGAUCUUACUCAAGUUGUAAGGACUCAAGCACUGAACACUGUGAUAUCCCACCAACUUUAGCAAGCCAAGCCAAAAACUACCCAAUACUGUUUUCUUGCUGAAACCACUAGCUAUGCACCCAUCUCUUUUUAAGCCCUUGCCUGUGGCACAUUACAUCAAGGAGCUUUGAUGGCUAUUAAUUCCAUUGAUUUUUCCUCAUCGGGCUUUGGAGAGGAACAGAGAGGUUUUGAAAUGGUAACACGCAUGUGCUGCUUGCAUUGUUUCUCUUGGGGUAGAGAAGGCCAGCAGUGUAGCUUCAGUAAAAAUGUUGUAAACUCUGUAAUUAGGUUUCUUCAUUAAUACAGCAAUAUUACAGCAGUUCUCAAAAAUGCAUUUUUGAAUUUGUUUAAAUGGGAAGUUUCCCUAUAAAAUGGGCAGGUAAUCAAAAGCUUUAGCUGUGUGAAAUUUAAAAUGAGUGGGAGACUGUAAGAUAUUGUGCAAUAUAAGGCAUCCAUCUGGGUAAGAGAAUGAUUGAGAACUGCAGUAAAGUGGGUGUAUGAUGUGUUCAGAAACAUUUAAAUUACAGUUAAAUUACAUUAUUUUUACGAAUGUCAGCUCUCUCUAGUAUGGAUAUUUAAGUUCUAUAACAUGGGUCUGAAGGGUAGAAUGAGAACAAAACUCACUACAGAGUAUAAAGCUUUCACCGGCGGUGUUGGUAGGGGAACAAUGAACAAACAAACAUAUAAGAUGCUUAACAGAUAACAUUAUAGUGUAUUAAAAAAGGCAUGGUAUUUUAUGAAGGCCUUUGUUACCAACAUAUAUUAAUCAAAUUUGGUGACAACACUGGAAACAGCUGCACAGGAGAUUGAGAGAUGUUAGAAUGCUAAUGGCUCUUGUUUCCUGGAAGUGUGCCUCUCAGUUGUAGAUCCAGUCUGCCUACAUACUGCACACUGGCCCCGGUUUGUGGUGAGCUCGGGGCAAUUCAACGUUUGGGAAUUGAGCCCUUGGCACUUUGGUAUCAGAAAUGGGUUCUGGAUUUGAACAAGUUUGCAGAUGGAUCUAUUGCUCCUUUACAACAUUAAAUGUUCGGUAUUAAUUGUGCAGAAACGAGAUGCAUACUGAGGACCUGUGAAAUGUCUGAAAUCCUUUUUAAAUGAUCUUUGGGCUGUUGAGGUCACUGCAAGUAAUGUGAUUUUUGUUUCAAAGUUUAAUAUUUUAUUGGCAAGUCUAAUUUAUCCUGUAGUUUUCCUUUGUUCAAAUGCAGGUUAAUUGAUGUUUUAUCUUUAAACAGGAUUUCACUAAUGAACACUGUGACUGGCUGUAUUCAGGAUGUAAUAUUAGCACUGUGGUUGUACUUGGGAUGUCAUGGAACAUAAGCACUAAACAUCUUUAUUUUUGCAUCCAUUAAAUUUUAUGUUUUUAAAAUAAAAAAUCUAUAUGAACUGUUUCACAAUCAGUAGCAUUACUGUAUCACAAUAAAGAAUAAUUUUGGGAA